UUACGAUUAUCCCAUCUUCAUCUCUGAUCCCAACCUCGAAAAUUGCACAAUAUUUUUGGGUUUUCGUCUGUUAAUACACACAAUUUCUGGGUUUUUGUCUGUUAAUUCCGGGGAAGAUGAAAUUAAAUCGGAAGAGUUGUGUAAAACAGAGAACGCACACAAGCUGUUCGAUAAAAUUCCCCAAUGGGAGUGUUGUUCGAAAACGAAGACAUCACCACUUGGGUUUCUCCUGUCACGUGGAUCUCACGUGAUAAAAGCUUCACCAACUCGUUACGUGGAUCACACGUGAUAAAAGGUUUCAUCUUUGUUGUUGUUAUCAUCGAGUUUCUAUCUGAAUCAACAACCCUAGAAGAGUAAAGACCAAGAAAUCGCAAGAAAGCUUGAGAAAGGAUCGUUCUUUGCUCUUUUCUCUAGACAUCACCACUUGGGUUUCUCUUGUCACGUGGAUCUCACGUGAUAAAAGCUUCAUCAACUCGUUACGUGGAUCACACGUGAUAAAAGCUUCCAUAUUUUUGUUGUUAUCAUCGAGUUUCUAGCCGAAUCAACAACCCUAGAACAGUAGGGAUCAAGAAAUCGCAAGAAAGCUUGAGAAAGGAUCGUUCUUUGCUCUUUUCUCCAUGAUGAGUUCUCUUUCUUUUUUACUUGAAGAUCCUGAGGAAGCAAAACUCAAGAAGCUUGUUAAAGGUUACUUCGAUCAAAGAGAUUACAUCAAGGCAUUAGAGGUGAUUGAAGAUUCGAUUUCGAGUCGUGGGAAAGAUAAGGUUCCAACAAUGGUUUAUUACCUACAAGGUUCUUUCUUUUUUGAACAAGCGACUAAAACAGAGAACAAUGGCAUGAAAUUCCCGUUCUUGUUGGCUUCUGUUGAAUGCUUUUCGAAAGAUUGUGGUGUACACGCUUACUCUGCAAUUGCACUGUUGGAAAUGGCUAAACUUCUUGGCUCAGCAUCGUUUUGCAAGAAAGCUCUGAACAUUGCUAAAGAAGGCUUGUCUUUUCUUGAAUCUUUUGGUGGUUUGAGUGUGAGUGAGGGAAAUACUAAAAUUUCUCUAGAGCAUGUAGUCCGAACGGCAGAGUCAAUGAUCCUCCUUGGUGUUACUGCAGAAAAGUCUGAACCAAAACUUAGGGAGUCAAAAAGGAUUCAGGGCAGUGUAAGGAGUGAUCUGCAUACUGCUGCAGGUAAAAGAUUGAGGUCGUAUUGGGCGAGUAUGGAUGUUGAGAGUAAAAGGAACUUCAUGAAAGUAAGCACUGCAAAACUUACAGCUUAUGUCGAGAGAUUAUAUAGGAAAGAGGGACUAGAUGCUUUCGAGCUAGUUCUCGAUUCUGCAAGGAUAAACAGAAAAUGGAAAUUCUGGAUGUGUCGAUCUUGUUCACAGAAAUUCUAUUAUCCUAAAAAGUUUAAGAAUCAUCUUGAACAAGAACAUGGCGCAAAAUUUAAACCUUCUACGGUAAAGCAUAUGGCGCAGAGGGUAGAUGAUAUCUGGGCUGGUAUGAUAUCGGUUGCAGGUUGGGAACCUGUUGAUGCAGUAGCUGCUGCCAAAAUGAUCAAGACUCAGCUUGAAUUUGUGAAAGAGUUUGUAUAUGAGAAUGGAUGGUCAAAAAACUGGCCUUUAGCUGCAGAUGAAGAACGCAGUAAGUUACUCAAAGAAAUCCAGAUUCUCCUUGUUUCGUUUCAGGAGCGUAAAAUUCUCUCUUGUAGCAUUCGGGAUUGGAUGAUGCAGUUUACGGUUAAGCAUCUUGCACAAUUUGAAAUUUCUGAGCAUACGCUUACCUCUGAGUGCAGCUUAGUGGAAACGCCUCAGAGUAUUUGCUUUUUGGAGUGUCCUGAACUCAAUCAAAUUCUAGACCUUCUCAAACUCAUUAAGUAUGAAAGGGUUGAUGGUACAGAGCUAGUUUCCAACGCAGCAGACAGUUUGUGGGGUCGUUUGCGGGUUAAGGAAAAGAUCGAAUUUGACCAUGAUUUUUCAUUUAUGCUACUGGAUAAAAGACUGCUGAGAGGCAAGAUUGCUUCAUUUGAUGAUGAAGGGACGAUAGGUGUUUGUGAUCACUGUGUUCACUACACCAAGACGCAUCCUCAGGGUGAUGAUAUCAUAACCUGGUUACUAGACUACCCUUUGAUAGAUGAGAGCUUUGAAUUUCCAAGAUCUAUCAGGGCCCACAAUCUUGAAAUAUGGGUGGCUGUUCUGAGAGCCAUUCACUUCACGUGUAGGACUUUGGAAACCAAAUAUGAAAAGAAGUUACAGAUCCUAAACUAUGAUGCAGCUCUUUUUGACGCCAAAAACUUAUGUCUACUCGAAGAUGAAAGGAGAAAAAAUGUUCCAGAAAAUCAAUGGAACACAUAUGCAUCUCUUCUAUGCGAUGAAUGUGACGGGCGUCUAAAGAUAGACGCUGGAGAUUCUCACACUACAAAACUAUUCUUAUGUGCAGUACGAGAUGUUCUUGAAGGAGCAUCACAUCCAACAUUCGAUUUCCCCGAUCUAGAAGAUUGCCUGACUCUUAUACUUGGACAUAAAAAUCUCAAUGAUGAUAUAGUGUUGACGUCCAUAGACCUACUGAAAUCAGUUGUCACCAACAAGGUUCCGGUAGCUGAUUCAAAGAUUUUACUGGUUGAAAAUUCGAGGAUUAAUUUGCUAAACGAGCUCGUCAGGCUUUCUGUUUUUGACUACCGUUCUUAUAUCCUUCACCUGCUAAAACGUUUCCUGCGGGAUGAGUUGGAUGGAAUUGCUGAUAUGGAUGCCAAAACCAAGUUAGGAGCAGCACUAGCCGAACAAUUAUUUGAGGAAAACCAACAGAAGGGGAAGAAGUCAGGGUCAAACAAGAAGAAAAAUAAAAGCAACAAGAGAACUUUAGCAAGCAGGUCUAGUAUUCUUAAUCAGAAUGUUGAACAAUCUUUACGUAUGUCCAGCGAAUCCUCUGUCAAACUUGAACCGGAAGUUACUUCUUUAUCACCAAAAACAACGGAAGAAGAUUCUAUGGAACCAGAAGAUACUUUUACAAGUGAAACGGGUCGACUAGAAGUUUCAUCCAACACUGAAAUUCAAGAGGAAGCUUUUAAAGAUAUCCCUGGAGAAGGUAUACUGUCAGAACAUUUUGAGUCAGCACAUGAAGAAGCAACUAGAUACAAUUCAGCUCUUGACAUGACGCUGAAGGGACUCUUGAACAUUAAGGUUCUUCAAGAGGAUUUGGUGCAAAAUCGCCAACCAUUUCAUGGCAACCUGGAAGAACAAGUUCCUUGUGCACUAAAAGAUUUAUUUUCUGCUGUUGUCUCGGCACAGAUAAAAGAAGAUGGACUCUACAAUUACCUACUGAGCAACUUGCUUGCUUCCCUAGAAGAAGUUCAUUCUCUGUCAAGUGAUGCUGCUGAGGUAGUUGUCGCUAUCCUUGAGUUCUGGCAUUGGUGGAAAAGUCCAGAACGAGAAAGCUUGGUAACUCGUCUUUUUACGUUGGAGGAAUAUGAAAGAAUGAGUUGUAGAAGAUGCAGAAAGGAGCCAAAUUAUCCAGAGCAAAGUUCCUAUGGAAUUGUAAUGGCUGCAAAUUCUAUUAGAAACAUAAAGUGUGCUUUUGAGGCUAUGAAGUUUGAGGAUAUCCUUAGAGUGAUCCGGGUGGAAGAUGAAAUGAUAUGUGAUGUUAAAACAGGGGGCUGUGGAAAGACAAACUUUGUUCGCCACACUAUAAGCAAAUGCCCGCCUAUCUUCACAAUUGUGUUGGAAUGGGAGAAGAAUGAAACUGAAACAGAAAUAUCUAAAACAACAAAUGCUCUGGACUGGGAGAUAGAUAUCAGCAGGCUAUACGAAGGGUUAGAAGAACCAAACACUAAGUAUCGGCUUGUGUCAAUGAUUGGUUAUUGUGAAGAAGGAAAAUACAUCUGCAUGGCUUAUAAAAAGAACCGGUGGGUCAGUCUCAAACAUGAAACUUUAGCAGAAGAGGGUGUUGGUAACUGGAAGAAUGUGGUCAGAAUCUGUGGAGAAAGGAGGGUUCGGCCAGAGAUUCUAUUCUAUGAAGCUGCUUGAUCCAUGGAAUAGAUAUUGACAAAGUUAUAUCAAUAUGGACACCUACCAUUCAUGUAUAAAACAGUCACAUGUUCCACUUUAAAAGUAGUUUUGUUUUCAUAUGAUA